AUGGGGAAACAUAAGCAUAGUAAAGAUAAGCUAUACAUUUUACAAUCAGAAUAUCGAAGAGAUGCUGAGAUAAAAAAAAAGAAAUUAAAAUCCCGAGGUUCCUCAUUUCUGCCUUUCAAUUACUGUUGUAUAAGUUUAAGGCCGUUCAGUGAACCUUACUGUGAUGAAGAUGGAAGACUAUAUGAUAAGAAAAGUGUCUUAGAAGAAAUGAGUAAAGAUGAAAAAGAUAGGAGAAUUAAAUAUUCUAUAGAUAUAAAGAAAUUAAUUAAAGCCAAUUUUUAUAAACAUAAUAAUGAAUAUAUUUGUCCUAUUACUCGAAAAUAUUUUAAUAAACAUACGAAAAUUAUUUUGAAUAAGAAAAGUGGUAAUGUUUAUUCAUCUGAAAUAUAUAAACUAUUUCAUAAUAAAAAUGAAAUGUUUGACCCAAUAACUCAUGAAAAAAUAAGUAAAGAAGAUUUUAUUGUAUUACAAGAUCCUUUAAAUAAUAAAACGAGUCAUGUAGCUAGCCAUUUAAAUGAUAAAGAAAAAGAAGACAAUGAAAAAAAAAAAAAAAAUAUAUUUGCUCCGUCUAUUCAAGACAAUGGUGCAAUUAUGAGUAUAUUAAAAGAAAUGGAAGAAGCAAAAAAAGAAAAAAGAAAAAGAGAACAACAAGAACAAGAAAAAAAGAAAAAAGUAUGUGGAAUAAUACAAGAUUAUAAUAGUGAUAGUAAUGAAAGUGAACAUUCAAUUGAAAAAAAUAAAUUAAAAAAUAAAAAAGAUGAUGAAUAUAAUAAAAAUAUUCAUUCUACAAAUUAUGAUAGUGAUAGCAGUGAAAAUGAAAUAAAAAUAAAAUGUACAAAUUAUAGUGAUAAUAAAUUAGCACAGAGUGUUACAUCUACUAUAUCUAAUAUAACUUAUCAAAAUUCUUUUAUUUAUCUUUCAGAAAAUCAAGUUCAUGAUAUAAUAUAUGAAAAGAUAAAAGCAAAUAAAAAAAAUAGUUAUAUAAGAUUAAUUACUGAUAUAGGUAUGUUAAAUAUAGAAAUAUAUACUCAUAUUUAUCCUAAACUUUGUCAUAAUUUCUUAUAUUUAUGUGAAUAUAAAUAUUAUAACAAAACAGAUAUUUUUAAAAAACAAGAUGAAAAAAAUAUUGUUUAUUUCGGUGCAUGUAAAAAAAAUAUCCAUGCAGCAGCUUCUGGAUUUUAUUGGAGAAAAAAAUUAAAAAAAUAUAAAUUAAGAAAUAAAUUAAAUGAUGAAAUCAAAUUACAAAAAUUUAAGGAAACAUUAAUGAAUGAAAAUAGUGAUAAUGAUAGUGAUAUAGCAAUAAAAUAUAUAAAAUAUAAUGAUCAUAGACAAGCUCAGAAAAAUAAUACUUUUGGAAAUAUAUAUUUAUCUAAAUAUUAUAACCAAAAAUAUUCUAAUAUGUUUUAUAUAUCUGUAUCCGAAAAUUAUAUAACUCCAGACAUAUGUAUAGGAAAAGUUGUUGGAGGAAGUGAUACAUUAAAUAAAUUAAAAAAUUUAGAUACGUCAUCAAAUUCUCAGGAACAGUAUAGUUUGAAUGAAUGUAUUAUUUACACUAAUCCAUUUAAAGAUGUUAUAAAAGAAAUGAAGGAAAAUACAAAAACUGAUAAAAAGGUAAAAAAUGAAAAGGAAGAUAUAGAAACUUUUAUUGAUGAUAAAAACUAUACAGAAAAUAAAAAUGACAGUAUUGGUAAAUAUAUAAAAUGGAAAGAUAUAAACAAAAAUAAUGAACCUAUUGAUAAAGAAGAAUAUAAUAAUAGUAAAUCAAAAUUAAAUUUUAAAAACAAAGAAUCUUUUUCUAAACCAAGUAAAAUGGACUUUUCAUGUUGGUAA